ACCCCUGUGCACGCCGCUGGGGCUGGGUGUCCCCAAAUCCCUAUGGCUGGCAGCACCCCUGACCCCCGCUCUGCAUUUCAGGAGGGUCCUGGGGAGCCCGUCCCCAGCAGUGGCUCUGCCGGGCCCCCCCAGCCCGGGGGCCACCCUCGCCGGGGGCCAGGGAAGAUGCUCGGGGGCACGGUGAGGGUCCUGACUGCCCUCCUGGUGGCUGCGGUCAUGGGCUACCCGUCCCGGCGCUCCGCCACCGACCUGGAUGCCACCCCCAGGACGACGGUCACCUUUGACGAGCUGUCAGGGGUGCGGCGGUUCAGCGGGCGCAGCCUGAACUACACCACGCUGCUGCUGGAGGACGAGCGGGGCAUCCUCUACGUGGGGGCCCGGGGGGCCAUCUUCGCCCUCAACGCCAGCAACGUGGCCGACGGCUCGCACCGCACGAUCCAUUGGGAAGCAUCCCCGGAGAAGCAGCUGGACUGCCUGCAGAAGGGCAAAAACAACAAGACCGAGUGCUUCAACCACGUGCGGUUCCUGCAGAGGCUGAACAGCACGCAUCUCUACACCUGCGGCACCUACGCCUUCCACCCGCUCUGUGCUGCCAUUGACGCUGACAGGUUCACGCUGCCUGCCCGCUUGGAGGAAGGCAAGGAGAAGUGCCCCUACGACCCCUCCCGCGGCUACACCGGCCUCAUCGUGGAUGGUGGCUUGUACACGGCCACACGCUACGAGUUUCGGAGCCUUCCCGACAUCCGGAGGAAUCUGCACCAGCAGCCGCUGAAGAUGGAGGAGUCCCCCCUGCACUGGCUGAACGAUGCUGACUUUGUGGCCUCUGUGCUGGUCCGGGAGAGCAAGGACAGCCCCGUGGGCGACGAUGACAAAAUCUACUACUUUUUCACGGAGCGGGCGGGCGAGGAGACCACCUCCUUCUUCGACAAGAGCCAGGUGGCCCGCGUGGCUCGGGUGGCCCGCGUGUGCAAGAGCGACGUGGGGGGGAAAAAGAUCCUGCAGCGCAAGUGGACGUCCUUCAUGAAGGCCCGCCUGGUGUGCUACAUCCCCUACUACGAGGUGCUGCGCAGCGUCUGCAGCCUGGACGGGGGCAGUUGGGCCAGCACCGUCUUCUACGCCGCCUUCACCCUCUCUGCGCAGUGGAGGACGAUGGAGGCGUCGGCCGUGUGCCGCUACAACAUCUCUGAGGUGCAGCGCGCCUUCGAGGGCCCCUACAUGGAGUACCAGGACUCCUCUCGCAAGUGGUCCCGCUACGAUGGCGCGGUGCCAGAGCCCCGGCCCGGCUCCUGCAUCACGGACGGCUCCCGCAGGAGGGGCUUCAACUCCUCGCAGGACCUGCCCAACAGCGUGCUGGACUUCGUCAAACUGCACCCGCUGAUGUUCGAGGAGGUGCAGCCGGCGGGCGGCGAGCCGCUGCUGGUGAAGAGGAGCGUGGCCUACAGCUGCCUGGCCGUGGACCGCGUGCGGGCCCUCGACGGGCGCUCCUACGACGUGCUCUUCAUGGGGACGGGGGACGGCUGGCUCCACAAGGCCGUGGUGCUGGACUCCGGCGUCCACAUCAUCGAGGAGGUGCAGGUGUUCGGGGAGCCGCAGCCCGUGGAGACCCUGGUGGUCUCCCACAAGCAGAGGAGCCUGUACGUGGGGGCAGCCAGCGGGGUCCUGCAGGUGCCCCUGGCCUCCUGCGCCAGGUACACCUCCUGCUACGACUGCAUCCUCGCCCGGGACCCCUACUGCGCCUGGGACGGCCGGGCUUGCCUUGACACGGCCUCCAGGGACAGCACGGGGCUGGUGCAGGACGUGCAGGGCGGCAACGCGGGAUGCCGGAGCAGCUCCGGGCGCAGCUUCCUGCCGUGGAAGAACCGGACGGUGCUGCGCGGGGACGACGUGCUGCUGCCCUGCGACCAGCGCUCCAACCUGGCGCGGGCCGUGUGGCUGCUGAACGGCAGCGAGGUGCCGGGCACGGGGCAGGAGCGGCUGCGUGUGGGGGUGGACGGGCUGCUGGUGACCGACACGCUGCCCGAGCACGGCGGCGAGUACCGCUGCUACGGCGAGGAGCGGGGCCUGUGGACGCUGCUGGCCGCUUACAGCCUCACCGUGCUGCCCGAGCUGCCCCGCGCCGCCGCCGCCGCCACCGCCGGGCCGCACACCGCCUCCCGGGUGGCCGGGGACGCCAAGGUGGUCUACAUCUCAACCAUCGUGGUGCUGGUGGUGCUGUGUGCCGUGCUGGGCAUCGUCCUGCUCUACGUGUCCUGCCUGGAGAAGCGCAAGGGCAAGUACGUCCUCGGGGAGCCGCGGCCCGCCAACGCCGAGCUGCAGACGGUGUCGGCCAGCUGCCUCCGCAAGGGCCGCGAGAAGGAGGAGGAGGAGGACGAGGAGGAGCUCGCCUACCCCGACGGCUGCCUGCGCAUCAUCCCCGGCGAGGCGCCCACGGCCGCCACCUCCCCGGUCAAGGAGCUGCCGGCGGUCGUUCCCCCGCCGCCGCUGCCGCCGCCGCUGCCGCUGCCGGCCGAGCUGACCAACGGGGUGGGCGCCCUGCCCAGCGUCCUGCGCAAGAUGAACGGCAACAGCUACAUGCUGCUGCAGCAGGACGAGCCGCUGGCCUCGCCGCUGUGCAGCGCCUCCUUCACCGAGGAGCUCAGCAAGAUCCUGGAGAAGAGGAAACACACGCAGCUGGUGGAGAAGCUGGACGAGAGCUCCGUGUAGGGGCCGGGGGGGACCCACUGCGGGACCCUCCUCCCCUCCGGCCCCUUCUCCCACCCCCUGCCAGCAGUGUUACGAGACUCAGGCGAAACUACCUCCGGGACCGCAGCGUUGGGCCGGGCCCAGGCUCGUCGGUUCCUUUGGCUUUUCAUUCACUUUUAAGACUUGAUGUACAAAAAAAAAAAAAAAAAAAACAAUGGAAAAGGAGGAAAAAAAAAGCCCAGAGAAGAAUCUAUUUAAAUUUGAAACCUUUAUUUAAGUACAAAAACCCACUGAUGGCGGUCACAAGCUGGAGGCAGGAGCUGGCGCCUGGCUGAAGGUGGACACAGGGGCGGGAGGGGAGGGAGAGUUUCUGUCCGUCUGUCUGUCCAGGCCAGAGACCGUGUCCCAGAUGUGAGGAUGCAACCCGCCCCGUCGGGCAGCCCCAGCCCUGGGUGCCUGAGAGCCGGACGGCUGCUGAGAGGACGCUCGGCGAGGGACGGUGGGGAAGAGGAGGAAGAGGAGGAGGAGAGCUACCCGUGCCCACCCCGAGGAGGGAUCAGUAGCGCUGGGUGAGAUGCAGGAUGGGUGCUGUGGGGAGGUGGCACUGCAGCUGGGGGGGCCUGACGCUGACAGCGCUCUGCCCGCUCCCCGCAGGGCGCUACUGGCAGCACAGAAAGGACGUGGUGGCAGGCAGCGGGACGCUGGCAGCGAGGUUGUCCUCUGUGCCCAAGGGUCGUGUGUGCUGCCCGGCUUGUCCCUGUCCUUGCUCUGCAGUGUGGGAAGGCACCGGCACUGCUCCUGUGUCCUCGCCUUGCGCAGCCCGGAGGUGGCACAUUUCAGCCCUCCCAUGUGGCAUGACGGAUGUCUGGGGGGUGUCGGGCACUGCCCUGUCCCCCGUGGCACAGAGAUGCCCCCUCGGCGGUCCCUUGCGCACCAAGGAGGAUCCUUGCACCAGGGCCUGCCUCCUGUAGGGCCUCUGGCUCUUCAUGGCACUACCAGGGGCAGCCACCAGCCCUGAAUCCCCAAAUCCCACACCAACUACUUCUGCGCCUGCCUGCUUCGUGUCUCAGCGAGGUGACACUGGAGGACAAACCUGGGCUGGGGUGGUGGUCCUUGCUCAUACCCCCCAAGCAUUACCCAGAGAUCAUCCCCCUCCCUGCUGGGCUGGACACCAGCCCUCUCCUGCCUCUUCCCUCUUUGCUGUGAAGAGGGGGGUGACAAAAUCGACCCCCUACGCCCCUAAGGGGGCAUCACCCUCCCUGCCUGCUCCCCCCGGCACGGCCCCGGGGCAAUAAAUGUGAUGGCUCUGUCUGGAGGUGUCUCUGCAGGGACACGGGG